AUCCAUAACCUAAGAUAAAAAAGAGUUAUCUAAAGGUGGCUUGUAAACAUUGUAAUGCAAAUAAUUUAAGUUAUUUUGGUCACGCACAGCAGAUAAUAAGCUCUCAAUCAUCUAUAAAUUUUGAUGGUCUAAAAAUAUUCACUCAGUAAACAAAAGGUUUCAGCAGGAUACAGACAAAAGUGUUUUACUUUUAGCAGUUUUUUUUCUGUGUGUUAUCCAAAGGUGUUAUCGUAAAAUAUGGCAGCUGUAGAUAUUAAAUAUACGAAGCUGUUCAUCAACAAUCAGUUUGUCGACUCAGUCAGCAAAAAAACCUUUCCAACGGUGAAUCCAGCAAAUGGAGAGAAAAUUGCUGACGUAGCUGAAGCUCAGAAGGAAGAUGUUGAUAUUGCUGUGGCAGCAGCUAAAAAAGCCUUUGCUAGAAACUCACCAUGGAGAAAUUUGGACGCUUCACAAAGAGGAAAACUUAUAAAUAAAUUUGCUGAUCUCUUGCAAAGAGACUCUGAAUACCUGGCAAAGUUAGAAACUCUGAAUUCUGGCAAGCCUGUUCAAGCUGUUAUAGGCGAGCUAGAAGUAUACGCGAAUAUCCUGAGAUACUACGCAGGAUACUGUGAUAAAAUCCAUGGCAACACUGUACCAGUUGAUGGUAAUGGUUUUGCGUUGACCAAAAAAGAACCAGUAGGCGUAGUGGCCCAAAUAAUUCCCUGGAACUACCCAAUAGGAAUGGCUAUUUGGAAACUAGGCCCUGCUCUAUGUUCUGGAUGUACCCUAAUUUUAAAACCUGCAGAGCAAACGCCUUUGACAGCACUAGUGCUAGGUGCCUUAACUAAAGAAGCUGGAUUUCCUGAUGGGGUGGUGAAUAUUCUUCCUGGAUAUGGACCUAUUGCAGGAGAGGCACUGUGUCUACAUUUGGAUGUCAGGAAAGUCGCAUUUACUGGUUCGACUGAUAUUGGUCAUAAGAUAUUGGAGUACUCAGCCCAUUCAAACCUUAAAAGAGUGUCUUUAGAGCUUGGAGGAAAAAGUCCAUUGGUUAUAUUUGACGAUGCAGAUAUCGAUGAAGCUGUUGGUAUUGCCCACGCUGCCAUUUUUGAAAAUCACGGACAAAAUUGUUGUGCUGGCUCGAGAACUUUUGUCCAAUCAGGAAUAUACGAGAAUUUUGUGAAAAAGGCUACAGAAAAAGCCAAAGCACGCAAAGUGGGAAAUCCUUUUGAUAAAGAUGUUCUUCAAGGACCCCAGAUUGACAAGCCAUCUUUGGACAAAAUACUGAGGCUGGUUGAAACAGGCAAACAGCAAGGAGCUAAACUGGAAACAGGUGGUUCUAGAAUCGGUACCAGUGGAUACUUUGUGGAACCAACUGUUUUUUCAAACGUCAAAGAUGAAAUGACAAUAGCCACAGAUGAGAUUUUUGGACCUGUUCAAUCUAUAUUGAAGUUCGACACUCUAGAUGAAGUGAUUGAAAGAGCUAACAACACUCCAUAUGGUCUAGCAGCUGGUGUGAUCACUAAAAACAUCAACAACGCUCUAGUGUUUGCCAAUGCUGUAGAAGCAGGCUCUGUUUGGAUAAAUUGCUAUGAUUAUAUUACGCCUCAAACUCCAUUCGGUGGAUAUAAAAAGUCUGGAUUCGGAAAGGAUUUGGGUCCGGAUUCUCUCGAUGAUUACUUGGAAACAAAGUCUAUUAACAUCCUUUUGCCUGUAAAAGUUUGAAUUAUUUUUGUGUAUUUUAUAUUCGUUUAUAAUUAUUAAACCAUAAGAUAUCUA